AUGGACCAACAAUUUUCAUUGUCUUGGAACAAUUUCCACGGGAACCUUAGUAAAGGUUUCGCCGGUUUAUUGGGUAAUGGUGAAUUUGUAGAUGUUACUAUUGCUGUAGAAGGUCAUCUAUUGCAGGCACACAAAGUUAUACUAUCAAUAUGUUCGCCGUACUUCAAAAAAAUGUUCCAGUUGAAUCCAUGUCAGCAUCCAAUUGUAGUGUUAAGAGAUGUCACACACAAAGCAAUGAGAGAUUUAUUGCAAUUUAUGUACCAUGGAGAAGUCAGUGUAAAAAGAGAAGAUCUCACUAGCUUUAUAGGCACAGCUGAAGUUCUGCAAAUUAAAGGCUUAACUAAUAAGGAGACUGAAGAAGAAUCAUUUGAUACUGAAAAAGAAUUAUCAAAACAAAGUAUAGCUCAGGAUAGUCCAGAUGCAGAAUCUAGUACUUCUGACAUGUAUGAUUCUGUUCCAAAUGAAGUAUCGGAAAACAAUGAUAUAGAAAUAUUAAAACAAAGACAGUUCAUUGAAAAGUUACAAAGGCUAAGUAGUCUAAAAAGAAAGUCUGAGGAAUAUCUACAAAAAAAUUAUUAUUCUGAAAUAGUGAACACAGAAAAAAGACCCAAAAUAUCUGAUAAACUCACAAGUAAUAAAUCUAAUAUUUUACAAACUAGUUUUGACAAUAUUCAAAGUAUAUAUGAAGAAAAUCCAAUAGACAUUACAAAAUCAUUGAAUCCAAUUCAAAAACAGGGUUCAGAUAAAACAGAUAGUAAAACCCAUACAACAGAAAGUGAGAUAUCUUUAAAAGCAGAAUGUGAUGACAGUGAUAUUAUUGUGUCAGACCCUGCUGUCUGUACAACACCAAAAAGUUAUGAAAGUUCUAGAGAUAUUAAAAAAAACUUGAUAAUACCCUUGGACUACCAGUCACCACAAGAAAAUUGUACCAGUUUAAACUCGUUAUUUAUGGACCUUAAGAAUUUAGUUAACGGUAAAGUGACUAACGCUGUGAAGUCUGAAGAGUUUACAAGAUAUGCAAUGGAACACCGUCUUGUUACCAUUCCUCAGAAAGAAGAUGGUAAAAAGAAGUAUCCACAACGGUCUUGCAGGCUUUGUUGGCGGAUAGGCAAACGGCGCGAUACUAGAUUUAUGUGCAGUGCUUGUGAAUUACCCUUCUGCAAGUCACCAUGUUUCGAAAUACAUUUUAAUGAUAUGUUCAAAGUAUCACAACUGCAAGGAGAUUAUUAUGCACCU